UAAUUCGGCGCUGGGCCUGCGAUGGUGCGGGGCAUGCUGUGUUCGGAGGCGGCGAGGCGCUGGAUGGCCGGAAGGCCUGGUUCGUCUGCCUGCUGGAGGUGCUGCGGAGCUUCUGUGUCUGGCUGCGUUUGGCUGCGUACGCGGGCACCGCGUCCGCUGCGGGACGCGCUGUCGGCCAACGAGUGGUUGUGUAUACGAAUUGACACUUUAGGGAAUACCCUCGAACGCACGCGCGUACAGUGCCGCCGGGACGAACGCAACCACAAGCCAUCGGCAGGCCCAUUACUUCCUUCCAAAUGCUCGCCGCGGCCUCCCAAUAUCGCACGUACACCCCCGAUCUCCCGGCCCGAUUUUGUGGACGCCGAUGCUCUGCCCAACUUCUACGGACGCCAGUGUCCUUCCCAACUUCCCUACGAAGCGUAAGCGUGCUGGCACCCUCCCCUCACGACGACGAUGCUCUCCCGGGAUGGCGUCUGCGCACACCAUGCAUGGUCGUGGUCGUCGAUAUUCGACCGCUGAACGACCUUCGUGUUCGGAAGUUCGGCCGCAAGGGACACAAGCACCCGUUCCCGGACUUCGUGAAUACUAUCUUUGGACUCUGCCGCUGCCGUCACCUUCCUCGGGCCUCAUCUAACUCACUACCGCCGGGCGACACUUGCCCUAGCGGUCUCCCAAUAUGACACGUACACCCC